AUGGGCGAGUGGGUGGUUGGAGCUUUUAUUAACCUUUUUGGAAGCAUUGCAAUUAACUUCGGAACUAAUCUUCUUAAAUUGGGCCAUGACGAGAGAGAAAGACAUGCUCUGCUAGUUGAAGGGAUUAAUGGAAAGACACUACUGAGGCCUAUCAUAAGUUUCCAAUCUUGGAGAAUAGGUAUUCUAUUUUUCGCUUUUGGAAAUGCCCUUAACUUUAUUUCCUUCGGAUAUGCUGCUCAGUCACUUCUUGCAGCAUUGGGAUCCAUACAAUUUGUGUCAAAUAUCGCGUUUGCCUAUUUCGUCUUACAGAAAACAGUCACUGUAAAAGUAUUAGUUGCCACAACUUUUAUUGUUCUUGGAAACAUCUUCCUUGUUGCUUUUGGCAAUCACCAAUCACCUGUUUACACACAGGAGCAGUUGGCAGAAAAGUACAGCAACAUGACAUUUCUUUUUUACUGUCUGCUUUUGGUAGUGGUGGUUCUCAUGCAUCAUUAUGUAUACAGGAGAGGAGAAUUGUUGCUUGCUAUUCCAGGGAAGGAUCUUAUGAGAUACUGGAAGUUACUGCUUCCUUUUUCAUUUGCUGUAGUUUCAGGAGCCAUAGGAUCAUGUUCAGUUCUCUUUGCAAAGUCUCUCUCAAAUCUUUUAAGAUUGUCAAUGUCAAGUUCAUAUCGGUUGGAUAGUUGGUUCACAUAUUCGAUUCUUUUAUUGUUUCUAUGUACAGCUGGAUUUUGGAUGGCAAGGUUGAACGAAGGAUUAUCACAGUUUGAUGCCAUACUUAUUGUCCCCAUGUUUCAGAUAGCUUGGACAUUUUUCUCAAUUUGUACUGGAUUUGUGUAUUUCCAGGAAUAUCAGGUACUUGACGCGUUGAGGACGGCGAUGUUUAUUCUGGGAAUGAUUUCAGUAUUCAUAGGAAUUUCAUUACUGGCACCCGACGACUCAAAAGAAGUGAAGGAAAGUCCCUUAUCAUCCGUGGCUUCAUCACAUGUCAACCCUGAAAUAGAAAGGUUGUCGAAGCCAUGUGAAGAGUCGCAACUGCAAAUCAAGGACAUGAAGUCGCUGGCAAGAGUAAUGGCAACAAAAGCCACAGCAGCCAUGGUGAAAGCAAAGAGUACAUGCACACUGUUGCUUGGUAUGGGGGAUGAUACCAUGCAUGCUUCAUCGGUUCUUGCGAUGCCCAUGGUUUCCUCAAAAAUCACAGGCUUUAGAGGUGUCGGAGGUGACCACCGGUCAAAGUUGUCGUUGAGAAGUCCGUCGGGGUGGGGGAGGAUUCCGGUGGAGGACGAAACUGUAAAUAUGCUGGAUACUACUUCAAGUGAGGAGGACUAACUAGUAAUUAGUAACUAGCGUUUGUACUUUGUACUUGUAGUAGUGUUAAUGGGGAAAAAGGAAGGCGACACUGCCACGUGUUGUAUAGCUGUUUGAUUUGAUUUGAUUGAAUUGGAUUUGGUUGGAUUGGAUGUAUAUCUU